AUGCCUUGCCCAUCGAGAUCGGAUGAGUUGGUUUUCUUUGUGAAUGGGAGGAAGGUGAUAGAGAGGAAUGCGGACCCUGAAGUCACUCUGCUGACCUACCUACGAAAGAACUUACGCCUCACAGGGACCAAGUACGCCUGCGGAAGAGGGGGCUGCGGCGCCUGCACGGUGAUGGUGUCUAAGCGGGACCCCACGUCCGAGAAGAUAAGACACUUUUCUGUCACGGCGUGCCUGAUUCCCAUCUGUUCUCUGUAUGGGGCUGCUGUCACCACUGUGGAGGGUGUUGGAAGCAUCAAAACCAGGCUUCACCCCGUGCAGGAGCGGAUUGCCAAGAGCCACGGCACCCAGUGCGGCUUCUGCACCCCAGGGAUGGUGAUGUCCAUGUACACGCUGCUCAGGAACCACCCGCAGCCCUCAGAAGAGCAGCUCAUGGCAGCCCUGGGGGGUAACCUAUGCCGCUGCACUGGGUAUCGGCCAGUUCUUGCCAGUGGAAAGACCUUUUGCUUGGAGUCAAACGGCUGUCCACAGAACGGAACAGGAAAAUGCUGCUUGGAUCCAGGAGAAGAUGAUCUUUCCUCGCUCGGCGGGAAAAGUGAUAUUUGCACAGAGUUAUUUGCGAAAGAGGAGUUCCAGCCCUUGGACCCUACCCAGGAGCUCAUAUUUCCGCCAGAACUCUUGAGAAUGACAGAGAACCCAGAAAAACGAACCCUGACCUUUCAUGGAGAGAGGAUUACCUGGAUCUCCCCUGGGACCCUCCAGGAGCUCCUGCAGCUGAAAGUGAAGCACCCAGGAGCCCCUCUCGUCCUGGGCAACACCUCACUGGGACCUGCAAUGAAAUCUCAAGGACAUUUUCACCCAGUUCUCCUCUCUCCCGCUAGGAUUUCUGAGCUGAGUGUCGUGUCUAAAACAAGUGAUGGACUGACAAUAGGUGCUGGCUGCAGUCUGGCCCAGGUGGAGGACAUCUUGGCUGAGAGGGUUUCUGAGCUCCCGGAGGAGAAGACUCAGACAUUCCGAGCCCUCCUGAAGCACCUGAAGAGCCUGGCAGGCCAGCAGAUCCGGAACCUGGCCUCCCUAGGGGGACAUAUUAUAAGCCGGCAUUGCUAUUCGGAUCUGAACCCAAUUCUGGCUGUGGGCAACGCUACCCUCAAUCUGAUAUCAGAAGAAGGCACACGGCAGAUCCCUCUAAGCAAACAUUUCCUGGCUGGGUUGGCAAGUGCAGACCUAAAGCCGGAGGAAAUCUUGGAGUCUGUGUCUAUCCCUCACUCUCGAAAGUGGGAAUUUGUGUCAGCCUUCCGACAGGCUCAGUGCCAGCAAAAUGCCCUGGCUGACAUGAACGCUGCCAUGCGAGUCCUCCUCAAAGAAGGCUCAGACACCAUCGAGGACCUGAGCAUCGCCUACGGAGGGGUUGGGGCUGCCACCAUCAGUGCACAGAAAUCCUGCCAGCAGCUCCUAGGGAGGCGCUGGGAUGAGCUGAUGCUGGAUGAGGCUUGCAGGCUGCUCCUGGAUGAAGUCUCCCUCCCAGGCUGGGCUCCAGGGGGGAAGGUGGAAUUCAAGAGGACUCUAGUGGUCAGCUUCUUCUUCAAGUUCUACCUAGAAGUUCUGCAGGAAUUGAAGAAGCUAGUAAAGCUGUCCUCGGGCAGCUGCCGUUAUCCUGAAAUUUCAGACCGAUUCCUAAGUGCCCUAGAAGACUUCCCAGUCGCAGUACCCCAGGGAGUCCAAAUGUACCAGAGUGUGGAUUCUCACCAACCCCUCCAAGAUCCAGUCGGACGCCCCAUCAUGCACCUAUCAGGUCUUAAACAUGCCACAGGUGAAGCCAUAUUUUGUGAUGACAUCCCUAUGGUGGAUAAAGAACUUUUCAUGGCUUUGGUGACCAGUACCAGAGCCCAUGCAAAAAUCAUAUCAGUGGAUUUCUCUGAGGCCCUUGAACUACCCGGGGUGGUUGAUGUGGUAACAGCUGAGGACAUUCCAGGCACCAAUGGUGCCGAAGACGACAAAUUGUUGGCUGUAGAUAAGGUCCUUUGUGUGGGCCAGAUCAUCUGUGCCGUGGUUGCAGGAUCAGAUGUGCAGGCCAAGCGUGCAAUUGAAAAGAUAAAGAUAACCUAUCAAGACCAGGAGCCGGUAAUCUUCACCACCCAGGAUGCCAUAAAACACAAUUCAUUCCUCUGCCCUGAAAAAAAACUUGAACAAGGAAACAUUGAGGAGGCAUUUGAAAAAGUCGAUCAAAUCGUUGAAGGAGAGGUCCAUGUUGGAGGACAGGAACACUUUUACAUGGAAACCCAGAGAGUGCUUGUUAUUCCAAAGACAGAGGACAAAGAACUGGACAUUUAUGUGUCAACACAGGAUCCAGCCCACGUGCAGAAAACAGUGUCCUCUACUUUAAACAUCCCCAUCAACAGGAUCACCUGUCACGUAAAAAGAGUGGGUGGAGGUUUUGGCGGGAAGGUAGGAAGACCAGCUGUAUUCGGGGCUAUUGCGGCUGUGGGCGCCAUCAAAACUGGUCACCCCAUUCGUCUUGUUCUUGAUCGUGAAGACGAUAUGUUAAUAACUGGGGGAAGACACCCAUUAUUUGGAAAAUAUAAAGUGGGAUUCAUGAACAACGGGCGAAUCAAAGCUCUGGACAUCGAGUGCUUCAUUAAUGGAGGUUGCACACUGGAUCACUCCGAGCAGGUAACAGAAUUUCUUAUUCUAAAGCUGGAAAAUGCAUAUAAAAUCCGCAACCUUAGGCUCCGGGGCCGUGCAUGCCUGACAAAUUUACCGUCUAACACGGCCUUUCGCGGGUUUGGCUUCCCACAAGGAACCCUGGUAACAGAAUCCUGCAUCACAGCUGUGGCAGCCAAGUGUGGCCUCCUGCCAGAAAAGGUUAGGGAGAAAAACAUGUACAGAACAGUUGAUAAGACUAUCUACAAGCAAGCGUUCAGCCCUGAGACCCUGAUAAGAUGUUGGAAUGAAUGUCUGGGCAAGUCUUCCUUUCAUAGCAGAAGGAUGCAGGUGGCAGAGUUCAAUAAGCAGAAUUAUUGGAAAAAGAGAGGCAUUGCUAUGAUCCCCAUGAAGUUCUCAGUCGGCUUUGCUGCAACAAGCUAUCAUCAGGCAGCCGCGCUUGUUCAUAUCUACACCGACGGGUCUGUGUUGGUCACACAUGGAGGCAACGAACUGGGACAAGGUAUUCACACCAAAAUGCUGCAGGUGGCCAGCCGUGAAUUAAAAAUACCCAUGUCCUACAUGCACAUCUGUGAAACCAGUACAGCCACGGUGCCUAACACAAUUGCCACAGCAGCCUCCGUUGGCUCAGACGUCAAUGGCAGAGCCGUGCAGAUUGCUUGUCAGAUUCUUCUGAAACGCCUGGAGCCCAUCAUUAAGAAAAAUCCAGAAGGUACCUGGGAAGACUGGAUAGAAGCUGCUUUUGAACAAAGAAUCAGUCUUUCAGCCACUGGAUACUUCAGGGGCUACAAGGCCUUCAUGGACUGGGAGAAGGGGGAAGGAGACCCUUUUCCCUACUAUGUCUAUGGAGCAGCCUGUUCUGAGGUUGAAAUUGACUGCCUGACAGGAGCUUACAAGAAAGUCAGAACGGACAUCGUCAUGGAUGCGUGUUGCAGUCUAAAUCCGGCCAUUGACAUUGGGCAGAUUGAAGGUGCGUUUAUUCAGGGAAUGGGCCUUUACACCACUGAAGAGCUGAAAUAUUCCCCCGAAGGUGUCCUGUACUCUCGGGGCCCAGAUGAGUACAAAAUUCCAACCAUCACCGAUGUCCCAGAAGAAUUUAAUGUCUCCUUGUUGCCGUCAUCACAAAGCCCACUAACCAUCUAUUCAUCCAAGGGGCUGGGGGAGUCGGGGAUGUUCCUGGGGUCCUCUGUGUUCUUUGCCAUCACUGAUGCUGUGGCUGCAGCACGUAGAGAAAGAGACAUAGCUGAGGACUUCACAGUGAAGAGCCCAGCAACCCCAGAAUGGGUUCGAAUGGCCUGUGCGGAUCGGUUCACUGAGAUGAUCCCAAGAGAUGACCCUAAGACAUUUACACCCUGGUCUAUCCCUAUAGCGUAACACUGCUGUCAUUUCCUAAAAGGUGUUUCCGUUUUUCACAAGUGAAAAUAUGGCUCGUUAAUCUAACUAGACUCCAAACUGAUAUUCUUAUACUGUUGUGGGGGAAAAAAUAUUACACAAGAUUUAGAGACAUUAUUCGGGUCUGAUUACAAGAUGAAUCAUCACUUAGAAAUGAUAAACUUAGAUUUUCUAGCCCGGAAGCCACCAAAUACUGCAGUUUUCACAGCAAGGAGUGUAAUGCUGGUGUGUUUCUGAAGAUGCCAUGUAAAUACUGCUGUGAGAGAGCAAGUUUUUCCUUUGUGUGUCCACCCAAUCUAACUGAACUAGUUAUACAGGUCACAAUUCUAGAAUGAAAGGCGCUUUUCAGUAGGUGAGCAUGUGAUUACUUUUCCCAGGGAUGUGUUUGAUUUGGUGGCCACAGGUAAGGAAACACAAAGGUUCUAAAAGUUUUGUGUUUUGUUUUUACUGCGGUGUAGCUAUGGACCUGUGUUUUAUGUACCUUUGACAGCAAAGAAGUAUUUUCAUCAUGUCAGUCAGCUAUUCAAGUGGUUAACGUUAUUUUGGAAUUUGGAGGGGAAAAGUAAUGUAAAAACAUUUUCAAUGUAUUCUCACCAAAAAAGAAAAUUAUUUUUUUUAAUUUGUUUAUGAAAAUCUGGUAUCAGUUUCAGAAAUAAUUGCUCAGUUUGCCAUAUACUGAAGUGGGUCAUACGGAGCAAAAGAAUUCUAAAUGCACACCUUUAGGUUGUAGUUUCAAACCUGCAGGACCCAUCAAACUCCAUUAAUCUGUGUUUUACAGGUCUUCGGAGGAAGAGAAAGUAGCAUAUGAAUUAGGCCUUAUUUGACCUAAAAGUCAGAGGGGAAAUGAUGUUCUAUCAGCCAGAAUUCACAUGACCAGGCUCAACAAGCCUUCAUCUGCAGGGACUCCUGGGGUAAAUGAAGGAGGUGAGGCUGAGCUGAGAGCACUUGGGGACCGGUGAGUGAGGGCAACGAUUAGGCAUGUAGUCUAACCUGGAGGAGGCUGAAGGUCGUGGGAGGCAAUGAGCAUGUCUGAUUGAAGGGACUGGGACACAGCUGUCCACAGGCCCAUCCGCUGACUGGUGGCUCCACUGGGCCACAGGACUCCAAGGGAGGAAGUGGGGCGGGAGCACAAAGAGAAAGGAGACAUGAGCAGAAGGGUCAUGGGCAGGACAAAAAUGCCACAAGACUUUUGCCCAUAUGAGCAGAAGUGCUGGGGAACUUAGUGGGAGGAGCCGGAGUGAAAUAAGUUGAAAGUAAUCAAGAAAAAAUGUUUUGGCUCUUGAAAAUAAAAUCCUUAAUUGUGUGAUCUAAUAUGAUUGUGAGAAAUUUGUUUUAUCAUUUGUAUCAUUUUAAAUGAUGGUGAAUAAAAUUUGUAUUUUUUUUCCUACUUUGGUCUAUUAGGGCUAAGGAUGGUUACUGGGCAUUUAUUUUCCAUUUGUCAUGGCUGAGAACUAUGAAGCGUUAAGAACAGAGGACUCCAA